UCGAGAUGGAUUGCGCGUUAUGAAUUUUAAUUUUUUGCACAUAAGUAUAUGAGAUUUUGAAGAACAGUCGAGGUAGUUAUUUAUUUAUUUGAAAUUCUUUUUAUUGUUUGCAAAUAUAUAUUGCAGUCCCAGUAAUUUCACGAGUGCUAAAACUUGAAAAUAAAUAUUUUUCGGGCAAGCAAUAUUAUUUUUUUUAAAACAUAAAUUUUCUACAAAAAAUGUGGAUUCAAAUUUCAAAAAUUCUCAUUUUCACUUCAUUAAACCCGUUGCUUAAUAUAUUGGCUGAAGAAAAUUCACAAAUUCCAAUUCAUGACGUCAAUUGGUUAGUUGGUAUUUAUUCAAAAUCUGUAUUAAACCCAAAGUUAUUUUAUUACAAGUGUCAAGGUAUUGUAAUUCAUUACAAAGUCGUUCUUGCUCCUUCAUCAUGCCUAGUCAGUGAUCUUCCUAAUAUGGAAUAUGUAAUACGUGUUUACCAUUGGGCACUUGAUCAAAAAUCAACAAGUCCUUCAAACUUCAAAUCAUACAACGUGCUGAAAAUUUAUCACUAUUCAAUGUCAAAUAGUUAUGAUUACAAACAAAAAUCAAACAGUUUAUCAUUUUUACUCAUUGAAAAAACUUUACCCCUUGUGUUAUACUAUCCGUUUGAUGGUCAAGAUAUAACGGAUACAAUUGAUAGUAAGAAAUGUGUUAUUGUCCAUAUUAAAAAUAAAAAUGAAGCUAUUCCUAUAAAACAGUAUAACGCAUUUAUACAAGAUAAUAAAUGUAAUGGUACAUUAUUUAAAGAUAUAAGUGCCUCUGAUUCAAAUUACUUUGUACAAGUCAAAACAGAUAAAUUUUUUUGCAGUGAUUAUGAAGGAGGUACGUUGUUCUGUCAAAGUCAACAUACACCAGGAAAAUAUCUUCUAACCGGGCUUUUAAUAAAUAAUGACGGCUGUAAUUCAUUGCAUAUUAAAAUUAAGGAGUACUCAAAAAUAAUAUUGGAUUAUCUUUAUGUGGUAGAUAAUUAUUGGAGAACAGAUAAAUUCGAUGUUGUUCCAUCCCCACAGGAAUUCAGUGUUAAAUUUGAUGAUUCCGAUUCAUAGAAUUAUAAAUAUUAAAAAAAAAAAACGAAAUAAUUACACAAAUUAAAUAUUUUUAUUGCAAUAUUAUUUAUUUGCAUUGUAAU